ACCCUCUGCAGCGCGGCCCGCGGGUUCCUGCGUGCUUUGCUGCCAGAACUAGCCGCCAUACCGACGCCCGAGUGGCUACGUGCGCUUGAACCUUUAUCUGACGCGGGGAGGCUGCAAGCGUGCAGGGACCAUAAUGAGGUACGCAUGUUUGAGGUGUGAGGCAUUUAGACAUAGAACAUAGACAUAGACAUAGAAAUUUUUUAUUCAACAUCACAUGAAAUGGCUGAGUUAACAGACAGUAACAUUUAAUACAAACAAGCCUUAAAUUUAGAAAUUUUUGAGGUAUGUAACAACUAACCAUUACAAAAACAUUGUUCAAUUCAGUCACUUAUGAAUAUCAAAAGUAUGAAAUCAGCAUGAGCUCAAACACUAUGCAGCGCUGUGGUUUCCUCAGUGCUUUUCUACCAGAAUGUACCACCCGCCAUACCGACGCCGGAGUGGCUACGUGCGCUUGAACCAUUAUCUGACGCGGGGAGGCUGCAAGUGUGCAGGGACCAUAAUGAGUUAAUGGAAGCUCUUCAAGAAGUGAUAUCUCGCGUUGCCCCCGUCUACCGCGGCAAAGAUGCGCGGUUGUCAAGAGAACGGAGGAGAGCUGCGGAACUGGAACUGAAGGAAGAUGACGAAGAUGCUAUAGAGAGGGCACUGGCCUUAGCUAGUGAAGCUGUAUUAAAAGCACCCACUACUGAUGACGACGAAGAAGCAACCCUAGCCCUGGCUCUCUGGACCCGUAGCGCCGUCCUGCUCGCGCGCCCUCGCCGGAAAGGGACAGCUGCCGCACUCGCAGAUCUGAGGCUGGCAUUGCGCUCGCGCCUGCCCGCUAAGAUGCGCGCGCAUUAUUAUUGGAGGACCGGACACUGCUACAGAGAUUGCGGUGAACCCACUCGCGCGAAGGUGUCCUACGAGUUGGCGCUGCGUUUGCUCCGGGCCGAUGACAACUCGUCUAGGGAGCGGCUCCAGAAGGACCUGGAUUCGUUGGAUUUUAGCCAGCAGGCGGCUGAACCCGCUGAGAGAGUGCCAGAAAUCAGUCUUGUGGGUGGCUGCAAACCAAAUAUGCCAGCCCUAUCGAAACAUAUCAAUAUUGUCGAGGAAGAAGGAAAGGGUCGAUUUGCAGCAGCAAGAGCGCCAUUACACCCAGGCGACAUCGUGCUAGCCGAGACACCGUACGCGGCUUGCUUGCUGCCUGAUCAUCUCGGAACACACUGUCUGCUCUGCUUCACCAGGUUAUCCCUCUGUUCGGAAGAGGCACCAGUAUGGUGCCCGCGCUGCGCAGGCGUGGCGUUCUGCUCGUUAAGCUGCCGGGAGAAAGGCAUGGUGUACCAUCAGUAUGAGUGUUCCUUUCAGGAUUUGUUUAUUGGUUCAGGAAUGUCAAUCCUCAGUCACAUAGCCCUCCGUAUGGUCACGCAGCUUGGUCUCUCGGGCACACUUGACGUCUAUACACGUCACGUCUCCGGCGACGUGCCUUUGGCUCACGACGACAUAGACGGAAAGAAAUCCAAGAUGAAGUCGCGAAAGGAACGGCUGAACAGGAGUAAGAAGAGUUUGAAGAUGAUGGAGGAAGAGAAGGAGAAAUGUGAACAUGAGGAGAAUUUGGAUUUGAAGACAGCACAGAUAUACUCUCUUUGCACACACGCCGAGCAGCGCACUGGAGAGGACUACGUGAAGAGAAUGGUCGUUGCCGUAUUUCUGACGGAAUGCCUGGUGAAAAGCGGGUUCUUCAACUCAGUGUCUGCUGACGAGUUGGAAAAUGCACGCUGGUCAGUAUCAGCCGUGAUCAUACGCAACCUCCAGCUGCUCCAGUUCAACGCACACGAAGUUUUUGAAACAUUGCGCAGCGGAAACGGGAAGGGGGAGGGACACCUCUUCAGAGGCGCGCGCGCACAGCAUAUCGCUGUCGCUAUAUAUCCUACUGGGGCUCUGUUUAACCACGACUGCUUCCCCGCAGUAGCCAGAUACUUCAUCGGCCGUCGCCUCAUCCUAGCCUGCACUCGGCCCCUGCCCCCCGGGGCCACAGUCCCCGAGUGUUACGGCCCUGCGGCCUCGCUGCGCGACGUGACGUCACGGCGGCGCACUCUCGCGGCGCGGUACUGGUUCACGUGCGCGUGCGACGCGUGCGAGCGGCCGAGCGCGUGGCCCACUAUGCAGGAGAGCGGGGACCCACCGCUAAGAUGUCCAACGCCUGAAUGCUCAGGCUUACUGUCAGGAUCACGCCAGACAGCAAAGCAAGGCGCCCGCUGCUCGACGUGUGGCGUCUCCUUUGACGCCACGACGCUUGAAAAGAGGAUAGAUGUUAUUGAAGAUUGUCACAAACUAUUUCAGGAAGGUGCCAGACUAAUGGAUGAGCAGCAAGUAGACGAAGCCAAAUCCGUGCUCUGCGGAGCGCUAGAGCGCUACCACGAGACCGCGGCCGCACCUCGCCGAUCCGCCUAUCUCGCUCACGAGGCCUUGAGGGCCCUUCUCACUUCUGCUGGCAAUUCUCACGUCGUCAAAGUAAAGGAGAGUGAGACAGACGUAGAAGUGAGCCAGGAAUAGAUUUGAGGAGAGUUGAUCUUUACGAGGCUUCAUUUUGCAUUUAAUGUGAAGGAUGGUGACAAGAUGCAGGCUGGGUAGACCAGCAACAGGUUUUGAUGAUGAUAACAAGUUUAGAAGUAGUGGAAUUUGAGUUUGAUUUCAGUUAAUAAGUGAGACAGAUAUAUAAUAUGAUAUUGAUUAUUCCUUCUUUACCUUAAUCACUUAAACUGUCUAAUCCUUAAUAAAAUAUCUAUCAGUGGCAUUUACAGAGUCCCCGGCAAGUUCAGCCGAAUUUCACCUUCCCAUACAAAUGUAGAUUUAUUUUCAUUUUAAAACUACCUGUUGGAUUUUAAUGAAACUUUGCACAGUUUUUAUACUCGUCGAUUGUAAUGGUUGAAUUAAGAUUUUGUAUACCAAACUGUAAUUGGGUACUUUUCAUGUAUGGGCUCCCAACUCAACUAUAAUAUUCAUUUCGAAACUGAUUAGUCAACUAUAAUGAAAUUGACUAAUCACAACUCGCCGCGGUCAAGAGGACGAAACAAAACGAUAGCCCAAAUUAAUUAUUUAUUUUAGGUUGUAUAGUAGAAACAAUUGCUUCAUAAGUCAUAAACGCAUAUGUGAAUCCCUUAAUAUAGCAACACCCAUAGACUACGAAAACCGCUUACCAUUGCUUGUUAGUCUCCAUAGGCUACGGUGGCCAAAAUUGAGAAAAACUGUCUAAAAAUUGAAUUUAGCAAGGAGCAAAGUACCAGGGCCUCAUGAGUUAAGAGAAGGUGUCGUUGACCACCCCGCCGGGUCCCGGCGGCCGGGGCACGUACGAGUAUGAAGGUAUCGAGGCUGCUCGCGUAUCUUAAAUAGCUGCAUACUUUUGGCUUGUUUACCUGUAUGAUUUUAUUAGUAUAAAGUAUUAUUUUUAUUGACUCGUAGAAAAAGUAUUGUAUACAAUAGUGACGAUUGUAUAAAAUACUAUUAUAGAGCACCAACUCCAGCUUAUAAAAUAAACGAAAUGAAGCAAUUUUUGUUUGAAAAACUUAAAUUCGCUGUAUUUUUUAUCUAUGGCAUUUAAAGCUAAAUAAACUAAUAACCUAUGGACCUAUUGUAAGUACAAAGUUUCAGCUAGUCGUUUUAAAAUGAGAGCUUAACUACGUUUUUUCGGAGAACCGAGCCUGCUUAGGACCCUUUUUUUAAUUUGAUAACAUAACACGAGCCCUAGAGCGAUACCAUUACACCGCUGCCACGACUCGCUUCGGCACACGAAGUCUUGAGGGCUCUUCUCACUUCUGCUGGCAGCUCUCACGUUAUUAAAGCGAAGGAUGGUGACGAGAAACAGGCGAAGUAGAUCAGCAACAGAUAAUGAUGAUGUUUUUUCUUCAUCUACUACUACUUCUUCUUCCUCUUAUUUCUGUUCUUCUUCUCUCGUGUCGAGGAUGCCCAGAAAGCAGCGGUGCUGACAGCCCGGGCCGUGGCGUCUCUCAGGUCAUGAUGAUGUUUGCCAGACUUCACGAUACACAUCUCUGAAGACUAAGAGCUGCAGCUAAAGUUUUUCAAGACUUUUAGUAGACCAGCAACUCGUGAUGAUAUGAGGAGUAACAGACAGAGUAGACAGAGGUUUUGAUGAUGAUGGUAGCUUGCUUAAUCUACCAAUAUAUUCCAUCUUAUGUUCUUGAUCCUUUGUUCUAAAAUUUUUAAAUAGUUCGUAUUUAGCGGCAUGGUAAAACCAUAAUGAAUUUCGAACUAUUUAUUUGACGCUACAUAAAUGUAGGUUGUCUAGUUUAUACUAAAGAGACUAUACAUCUCUGUUAUAUUGUAGUAAUUAUUUAUUUUAAAAGAUUAUUGCAAUGUAAAUUACCCAGGUAUUGGCUGUUGUAUUUAUAAAUGUUGCUAUAUACUUUUCAUGACAAUAAUAUGAUAUAAACAUAAAUGUAUUGACUUGUAAAAGAGCCCUUGAGGCCUACUUGAAAGAAUAAUUUUUUGAGUUAAUAGA